GAUUCAACCAGUGCAAGUGUAGUGAUGUAACUCGACUUUUCUCAGUGGGUUGGACUUAUCGAAGGUUGGUUGUAACAUUCUAUUCCAGCACGUGAAUGUGUAGGUUCUGGAGGUGCUUUGGGCAGUAGUAGGAGAAGUAACCAUGGAUCUAAAGCUGUGGUUGUGUUUGAUGUUGCUGGGUCUCUCUGCAAGCGUCAUGUCUACCGACGAAGAUGACCUAUAUGGAGGUGAUGGAGAUGAUGAUGGAGAUGUUGACGUUGAAGAUGAUAUUGAAGAUACUGAUGAAAAACCAGCAGUACAAAGCACCCCUCCACCGCUGCCCAGAGUAACAUACAAAGCUCCAGUCCUUACAGGAGACGCUCAUUUUGCAGAAUCUUUUGACAGUGGAACUUUAGAAGGGUGGAUUCUAUCAAAGGCUAAAAAAGAAGGUGCUGAUGAAGACAUUGCCAAAUAUGAUGGAAAAUGGGAAGUGGAAGAAAUGAAGGAUUCCAAACUGCCAGGAGACAAAGGAUUAGUGCUCAAGUCCCGUGCCAAGCAUCAUGCUAUUUCUGCCAAACUGAAGAACCCUUUUGUAUUUGAUAAACACCCACUGAUCGUACAGUAUGAAGUCAGCUUUCAGAGUGGAAUAGAAUGUGGAGGUGCAUAUGUAAAACUGCUGUCAAAAACCUCUGACUCUAGCUUGGAUAACUUUCAUGACAAAACUCCAUACACCAUUAUGUUUGGACCAGACAAGUGUGGAGAAGACUAUAAACUACAUUUCAUCUUUAGGCACAAAAAUCCCAAAACUGGCGAAUUUGAGGAAAAGCAUGCUAAGCGCCCUGAUGCUGAUCUGAAGUCUUAUUUCACUGAUAAGAAGGUUCACCUCUAUACUCUAGGGAUGAAGAUGCUCCUGCAAAGAUUCCUGAUGAGAAUGCAGAGAAACCAGAAGGUUGGUUGGAUGAUGAGCCUGAGUAUAUUGCUGAUCCAGAUGCUGAAAAACCUAUUGAUUGGGAUGAAGAUAUGGAUGGAGAGUGGGAGGCCCCUCAGAUUCCCAAUCCAAAAUGCCAGUCUGCCCCUGGAUGUGGCGAGUGGAAGAGGCCAACGAUUGACAACCCCAACUACAAGGGCAAAUGGAAAGCACCAAUGAUUGACAAUCCUAAUUAUCAGGGUAUCUGGAAGCCCAGGAAGAUUCAAAACCCACACUUUUUUGAAGAUCAGCAUCCCUUCCGUAUGAUCCCUUUCUUUGCUGUAGGGCUGGAGUUGUGGUCUAUGACUUCGGACAUACUUUUUGAUAAUUUUAUUAUCUGCUCAGACAGAUCAGUGGCAGAAAAAUGGGCCGAAGAUGGCUGGGGAUUGAAGAGAGCAGCAGAUGGUGCUUCUGAGCCUGGUGUUGUGGGACAGAUGAUGGCAGCAGCUGAAGAGCGGCCUUGGCUCUGGGUAGUUUACGCCCUUACAGUGGCCCUUCCUCUUUUCCUCGUUAUUCUGUUUUGUUGCACAGGAAAGAAAUCCGGUGAGGAUUACAAAAAGACAGAUGCACCUCAGCCUGAUGUGAAAGAAGAGGAGGAGGAGGAGGGAGAAGAAGAAAAUGAAAAAGGAACUGAAGAAGUAGAAGCAGAUAAAGAGGACAUUGUAACAAAGUCUGGUGAAAAGCAAGAUAGUGACGCAGAAGACUCUGGUAGUAGGAGUCAAGAGGAGGAUGAAACCAACACUGCUACAACAGAUAAGAAAACAGAAGAACUUCGAAAAAGAGUACUCGAAUCUACAGAGCAAAAUAAAGACUAAGAGAAUUUAGAUGUCCAAAUUAUGCAAGAAAACAGAAGGGGCAGUGGUGGUCUUCAGUGGAAAACUCAAAAGUAUUUUAUAGACAUUGAGAAUAGAUUGUCUUAUGAAGCUGAUCCGAAAUUCCCACUUACAAAUCUCAUUCCUCGAAAAGUAAUGAAUUUUGGCAUCUGGGUAGUAUUUGAAAAUGGUAUUCAGUAAAUUAUCUUGGUUUUUAUAAAAGAUGUGUUGAAUCUUUGCUUUUGUUUUGAUGUGAAUUAGAGUUUUGCUGGUAUAUUUGAAUGUCACUCAUUUAAUACUGAGACUAAUUUAGUACAAAUUCUAAUCAAAUAGUUUGGCAUUUUAUUUUGUUAAAAGCGAUCUUUUUUUCUACAUUUUUUAAAGAAUGGCUGUCCUAAAUAUUUAUAACAAAAAACGUGCACUAUUUUGUGAAGUAUCACCAUUAGAAAACAGUUCCUACUUGCAUGGUUUGCACAAGAGCAGAAUGUCUUUUGCAGCCGGUGAGGUUCCUGGAGUUCAGCAUGACAGGGUUAUCCUGUAUUACCGGUUUAAUUUUUUUCAGACAAUUUCUGAUCUUGCGUGGUUUGGCCCUUGACUGCCAGUUACGAAGCAUUGCUUCAUGCAGAAUAACCAAAUGAGCAAGAAUAUUAAACAAACUCAAUCUCCUUUUGCAGUAAUACAUUAUCGUUAAGAAUUUGUGUGGAAGUACCUGUUGUGUCCUGAGUACUGCAUUGAUUUAACUAAAGAGUGGUCACUUUAUUUAAUGUUCAGAAGACAUUUCCCUUUUUAUCCUUUGUUUUAUUCAAUCCAUCAAUUAAACGACCGUUAAAAUAGAGGCAGUUCUCAUGCUUGUCUGAUAUCUAAAUCCAAAGUGUUUCAUUGACAGAAUUUGUCAGCGUUAACAACAGUUUGCAUCUUAUUGCAAGUUAAAUGUCAGAUUUUUUGAGGAUAAAAUAUAUAUGUACGACUGCUGUAGAUGUCACAGCAGUGUAUUUAUAGCUCUCAUUUUUAUCUGUUGCUGCUUUUGAUUACAUUUCCCAAAUGGUAAUCAUUAAAACAAGUUAGUUUGACAUUACGAUUAACAGUGAGGCAUGUUCAGUAUUCCCAUUUGGUCUCUUAUUACAUUGUGUUGCUGAUUGCACAACUGUUUUGAUUAAAAAUGGUGCAAUGCACAGAUGAAUCUAACAGAAGUGUAUAGAUUGUAGAAUAUAAUGUUCAGUUCAAAAAAUGUAUGUGAAAAAAGAGAACUAAGGAAGGCUUAACUUGAAAACAAAACACUAAUACCACAGACAAAGCAGUUAGCCUUCGGAGUUUUGUUAGGUGACAGUUGCUUCUUUGCAUGAUUUUGCACUGAAGAAAAAUCUUUUGCCUCAUAUUGCAUUUCACACACUUACGGCUCACUUUUUCUUUACAACAGGUUGUGCAUAAUCUGGAUGUGCUAUACUUAUAAAGUAAAAUCUGUCAUACUAAAUGUGACCUUGGAGCCAAAGUCAUUUGAUUUGUAUGAAGACAUUUUCUAGACAGUUGACAUUUACAUGGGCAACAUUUACAGUGUCUGACAAAUGCACAAUAUUUUUGUCAUGCAAGUUCCUUUCAGCCUGCUUUUAGGUAACCUAACUUAUGGUGACCUGAUUAAGAGAAUCAUUUGCUAUUCAUGAUGGCAGUGGGAAAUAGCUGUGGUUCACACUCUGAAACUGAAUAAAUUGUAUUCUCUAAAGGCUCCAUUUCACUUCUGUUUCAUAUGUGAAGAAAGCGCUACUGAGGGAAGGUUGCUUCCAUUUCAAUAUGUGAAGAAAGAGCUACCAAGGGAAGUUCCUUCACUUUCAGAAGCACUGUAUUUGACAGUGCACUAUUCAUUUUUUCCUUUUAUUUUUUUAAUGAUCUGUCAGGCAGAGCUGUGUCUGUCAAAGCACUUCUGUUUAAGUCAUUUAUUGUCAUUGUCUUACAGAAUGCAAGUACUGGUUAUGGGACUCAGCCUCAGGAAUGGACCCGAUUCAUAUUCCUAGAUAGAAAAGUAUCUCUGAAAGAUGCUGCAUGCCCAGUUUAUCUGCCAACAAAACAUCAUUCCUGCUGGCAUGUAAGGUGGAGUGUAGAUGAGCCUGUAAAUGUGUGUGUCUUUUGAAGUUAAUUUGAUGUACAGCAGUAGACACCUUGUACAUUUUACAAUUAUAUGUUUGGCUGCUCUGCUCAGGAUUCAAAGAUUGCUUUCCAUUUUUUAACAUAGCUGUUUGAAAUUACAUAUUAAAAAGCAUACCAGGCUUGGCAGAACUGCUGAAACUUCAAGCCUAAUGACUUGAAUAGUAUUUAUUUGCAGUGGAGAAAGUUACUCAUGUUUAAGUAAUGGUGGACUGAUUUUUGUUGUUGCUUCAUAGGAUCAGUCAGUACAAAAGAUGCACAUGUACUUCAGUUGACCUAGUAUACUUUAUUAAUUUAUAGAGCCCCACUUUAUGCAGGUUCGUAGGCUGUUUAACUCUGUGUCAAACAAAUCAAAAGUGGGUGGUACUGGACAUCUUUUGAAGACCAAAGGCAAAACUACCAGAAGUGUAAGGUAUACAUAUUUACCCAGUUAACGUGUGUCUUUUUAUAUUGUUAGACAAGUCUUCAUUGUCUGGUAGAGUGGAAGUGUGCAUAAUUGAUUCCAGUUGGACAAAGUCUAACAUAUUAACAGUAUUUGUUACUGGGCUUCGAUUUCUUUGAAAAACCUGAUACAAAUUAAUACAGUUGCCAUUUCUUUGAGUAUACAGAAUAUAUUGUGCCAUUAUUUAGUGUGUUUUUGGUCUUUUUUACUGUGUAUAUUGUUGAAGUGUUGGCAUUAUCAGUCUAGUUGUCUGUGUUGCAGAGUUGUCCAUCCUCCAUUUCAGAAAUUUUGUCUUAAUGGGAACAGAUUUUUGUGGAGCACUAACUUAUUGUCUUGCCUUCCUUCACCCUUUUUCUUUGGUGUGCUGUAGUACACUUUUUUGUUUCCAAGGGUGCUCCAUCUUGCUUAUUAAUCUACUGCUGUUCGUAAUGUCCUUUUCUGAGAGGAGCAUUCCAUCUCCACAUCCUUGCCACCAUUCCUUAGCAGCAAGUCACACUCCCUCUUGGUGAUGUCUUAAACUGUCAUAUGGUGACACUUGUAGUUGUGUCUCUGCUGAAGCCCAUUUGGGCCACAUCCACAGGGCCUGAUUUUUCAUGGCCUCAUUAGAUGUAAGAAGCCACAAAAGAGCAAAUAUGAUUUAGAGACGGUGCUAUAUACAGAGCUAUACUUUUAACUCCAACUACCACCGAUUCCAUUGGUAUUGGUUGUAUAGAUGUUUAUUUUCAUGCUUGUUCUGUAUACCCUAUAUGGCAUGCAAUAUAUCUUUGUUUUGCCAAGUUGGCUGUCAAACUGUUGAAUGAUCUCCGCCUUUGCCAUUGGUUUAAAUACAUUGCAGGUGUUCUUGUUCUUUGAAUCAUACCUUGCUAUUUUGCCUAACACUUGGGGACCUCCUUAUUUUGCCUAAAUGUUUGGUUUUCUCUCUUUAUGUUGGAAAUUUGGACUGCAUUCUCUAAAUGUUGCAUUCAGACUGACUUCAAAAAAUGUUAGUUCCAUUCCUGCUUUACUGUCAGCUAAUUUAGGAGUUCCUUCCUAACCCUGUUUAAGGGCAACUUGGACCAAUGGAAGUGUAAUUGGAAGUUCACCCCUGGUCUGGCACCUAUGUCUCUGAUGGACAGAGCAGUCAGUAAAUCACCUCCUGUAUAAAUCAAAUGUGUGGGUCACAUUUGGGUUGCAUGGCGAGGCUUAUAAGGGCUGUAGUGAUAGUUAGCCUAGUAUACACCUGUGGACCAGUACUUGGAAAAUGUCUCUGAUUUGAGGCUUAUCCCCAAUCAUUUUUUUACUUUGUCCCUAAUUCUACAGGUACAAAAUAUCAGAGCUAUGCCUCAGAUGAUUUCAGAUGCAAGAGUUUGGUACGAUAUUUUGCCACCCAUUUAAAUGCAGCUUAAUAAAGCUGAUUGUAAUAACUUAAUGAAUUAAAGUGCUGGAAAAUGUUCAUAAAUGAUUGAGUACUGCUACCUGUUUAAGAAAAUAAAUUUCAGUUACUUUAACAGAGUAUGCACAUGGAAAAUCUUGUCCAACUUUACCUAGCGUACCAUACUUGAUAUUUGUUGUAUGCAGUAUUAACAAAGUUUAAAAUUUUAUUGUUUGCUGUUAUUUUUUGUCUGAGGAGGUGUCAUGCUGGCAAAAGUGUCUUCUGUAUUUUUUCCUACUAUAUAGUUAAGAUCUCUGUUUUGUCUUUGCCUUUGUACCAAUCUUCCAUGAGUCCUCUGUUUGUUUUAUAGUAUGAAAUUAUCAAGCCAGUGUCUGACAGAUACAGUAGCACAUUUCUUUCUAUAAUUCUGUGUCCUGUUUUCUCAAUUUGAAUGACUAAUUCUAAGAAAAGUGCAUUUUAUGAAGCAGCAUGACAUGCAUGCAUGCAUUUUUCAAACUUUUGUUUCUUGCUGCAGGUUGUUUCCCUGAAUUAUUUUUAAACCAGCCAGUUGCUGACGUAGGAUUAUGAAAAGAUAAUGUAACUACUAUCACUGUUAUUGCAGAUCAUGUGAAUAUCUACAGAACUGGAUUAUUGUGAUUUAAUAGUUCAUAAUACGUGACAAGUUGGCUGUGCGCAUCGCCAUUAUUAGGAGAUUACCCAUAUUUCUGCAGCUUGUAAUAAUCCUCUAGCGAAUGCAUUUCACUGUCAAGAUUUGGAAAGCAAGAAUAAAGAAACUAAAGCAUGUAGUAGUUUACAGCUAGCAAGCAGCCUGAGUAGGUAUUUGGUAUUUUGAAGCGUAUAACAUGUUAUACACUGCUUUACUAACAAAUCACCAAAAGCGUAGGGUAGUUACUGUUGAAUUGUGAAAAACGUACUUUAUUUGUGCAAGUUAAGUAAAGUGAAAUAUCCAUUGCUGCAGUAUUUAAGAUGCAUAGCUGGCUGAAUUAUCUGAACAAGGCAGAAAAGGAGUCUCCUUCCAAGUAUUUGCAGUGGCAAAGAAGAAAAUUUGCAUUGUAAGAUGGAACAUCUCAGUAGGUUAUAGAUGUGACAUAGCUGCUGCUUAUGUUGUCACAUUUCAGUAAGAUAAUUCUAAUAAAAUAUUAACUUAACUUGA